AAGCCUUGUCAAUGAAUACUCCCACGAUAAGCUUACAAUUCUCAUGGUAUCCCCUGUCUUGCACCAUUAGAUAAGAUAACAUUUAACAAGUAAGUGGCAUGAUUUGAUUUACAAUUUUCAGAUCUCAGCAAAGAAGAGUUGCAGUACAUUGACAGAAGGAUUAUAGGCACAGAAAUCUAUUUAUUUCCUAUGGAGAAACUCACUUGAGAACAUUCACGGAGAACAUCAUUGGUGAACUUCUUUCGGGAAUAUCAUCGAAAGGAUAAACAUCAACAUUGAAAAUAUAACAAAUAUGGAAUCAACGAAUAUUACAAAUUUGGAUCCAUUCAAGACCCUCUCCGACUUAUGUAAAGAACCGUUCUGGAAUGUUGCCCGCGUGUGGGCGAUGCCGGAGCCCAACCUCGGGCCUUGCGUGGAGAGGACGGUGCUGGUGUGGGCGCCGUGUGUUCUGCUGUGGGCGUGUGGGCUGCCCUCUCUCCUCCUCCUCAAACGCCGACGCUACAAUCCCAUCCCUUGGACGGCGGUUUCGUGCACCAAAGUGAUGGUAUCGGUGCUUGCGCUGGCCGUGGCGGCGACGGAGCUGGCGUGGGCCGCGACAGCUGGCUCGCAGGUCGCGGCGCCAGCUGACUUCAUCGCGCCCGUCGUGCUCCUGGCGACGCAGGUUCUUCACAUUUCGCUCGUGUUAAUGGGGAGGAGGAAAGGUCAACAGAACAGCGGCAUCAUCUGGUUCUACUGGCUGUUCACGGUAAUGUGCGGCCUCCCUCAACUCUACACCUCCAUCAUUGUCAUUCUUCGGAGGGACCCCACGUCCCCCCCCUUUCUUACGGCGACUUUCCUCGUGCAGUUCCUCUGUUCCGUCGCCCUGCUCCUCGCCAACUGCUUCAGCGACGCCCUCUCACUCACGCAGAAGUUCAGCGCGACUGAAAAUCCGGCGCCAGUACUGCACGCGUCCUUCCUGAACCGCCUCUUCUUCUUCUGGGGCGGCUCCAUUGUGUGGCUGGGCUGGCGGCGCCCUCUCACCUUCGACGACCUCUGGGACGUCGAGCCGGAGAACACGACCGCCUCUCUCGCCGCGCAGUGGGACGCCGCCAUCAGCAGAGACGGGAAGACGGCGCCCGCAGAGGUCAAAGAGCCGGGCAAACUCCGGCCGGCGAUGGUGCCUGUGAGCGGAAGGCAGAGGUCCGUCCUGUGGUGCCUCGUCAGGAUUUUCCGCUGGCCUUUUCUCGGCGGCGGCGUCCUCUGCUUCGUGGCGGAGACCUCGCGCUUCCUCACGCCGCAGCUCCUCAGCCUGAUCAUCAACUUCAUGACGACGCCGGAACAGCCUGCGUGGUAUGGCUACCUGUUCUCCGUUCUCUUGCUGGCGUCGUGCGUUCUCGUGACGGUCCUGAAGAACAGUUACUUCUACGUCAUGUUCACGCAGUGUGUGAGGAUCCGGUCGGCCAUCAUGACGGCGGUGUAUCGAAAGGCCCUGAGUCUCUCCAGCGCCGCCCGCCGCGACUCGACCGUGGGCGAGAUCGUCAACCUGAUGGCCGUGGACUCGCAGUACAUCGGCGACACCGGCAUCAUGCUGUGGAGCAUCGUGAGCUCUCCGACGGUCAUCCUCAUCUCCAUGGUCUUCCUCUGGCAGGAGCUCGGCCCGAGUAUCCUGGCGGGCGUGGGUGUGCUGGUCCUCCUCGUCCCCGUCAACAGCUACUUGGCGAACAAAAUGAAGUCGCUGCUGUUCUCGACCUUGAAAUUCCGCGACCAGAGGGUGAAGAUGGUCAGCGAGAUUAUCAGCGGAAUCAAGGUCCUGAAACUUUACGCAUGGGAAGGCUCGUUCGCUGCCAAGGUGGAGGAGAUCAGAGCCGAGGAAAUCGUACUCCUCAAGAAGGUAGCCUUUUACAAAACCUUCAACAGCCUCGUGUUCAAUUCGGCGCCCUAUUUGGUCGCGCUUGCCACCUUCACCACCUUCCUGCUUGCGUCUCCGGAGAAUGUUCUCGACGCCAAGAAAGCUUUCGUGUCCAUCUCUCUCUUCAACCUCAUGCGGCUGCCCUUGAUCCAGCUGCCGAACACCAUCUCCCAGGUCAUUCAGGCAAACGUAGCCCUUCAGCGUGUCCAGAAGUUCAUCUCUGCGGCCGAUCUUGACCCAACGUCAGUGUGCAGAGACCGUUCAGAAGCUAAUGCUAUUGCCAUUAGAGGCGGCAAAUUCAGCUGGGAGGGGGAUGAGGUUCAGUCAGCGUGGCAGCUGGAAAACAUCGACCUGGAAGUCAGCCAUGGGAAACUGGUGGCAGUGGUGGGAUCCGUAGGGGCCGGCAAGAGCUCCCUCAUCUCGGCGCUUUUGGGGGAGAUGAAGAAGGAAGCAGGCGGGGUCGUGGUAAAUGGCCGCGUGGCGUAUGUAUCCCAACAAGCAUGGCUCCAGAAUGCGACCUUGAGGGACAACAUCAUUUGGGGAGAAGACUUCGACGCCAAAAGGUACAAAAAGGUGGUCAAAGCUUGCGCUCUUCAGCCUGACCUCGACAUGCUACCUGGAGGAGACAUGACUGAGAUUGGAGAGAAGGGCAUCAACCUGAGCGGCGGCCAGAAGCAGCGCGUGUCCCUGGCCCGAGCCGCCUACAGCGGCGCCGACAUCGUGCUCUUCGAUGACCCACUCAGCGCCGUUGACGCUCACGUGGGCCGCUUCAUCUUCGACAACGUCAUCGGGCCUCAGGGGUUGCUGCAGGACAGGACUCGGCUCCUGGUGACCCACGCCGUGACCUUCCUCCCCCGCGUUGACGAAGUGGUGGUGAUGGAGGGCGGGCGAGUGGUGGAGAAGGGUAGCUACGCCGAAUUGGUGGCGAAACAGGGGGAUUUCGCCAACUUUGUUCUCCAACACAUCAACGACACGACAGGGGAGGAGGCUGAUGAAGAGAUUGAAGAGCUCAUUGAACCGCUGGAGCAAGUGACAGGGGCUGAGCCUCUCCUUCGCCAGCUGUCGUUGAGAUCCAGCAGGACUUCUGUUAACAAUAUUGGCAGCGAGACCGACAUCCGAGGCAAGAGGAUCCGAAGCAUAAGCGAGACGGUGACCAGUUCGGUCGAUCGCCUGGCCAGCCUAGACCGCCGGGCAACCAAGCUCUCCAGUGCCUCCUUGAACCGGAAAACGGGACGGCAGAGCGGCAGUUCCCGAAGCCAGAGCUACGCGAACGGCUUGCAAGCGAGUAGGACGUCGAUUCACAGCGGAAAGAGUGAGGCCGAGCGAAUGGCCGGGCUGGAGGAGCCGCUGUGCGAUGGCGACGGGGAAGAGGGCGAGUUCGACGGGAAGAGGCUGGUCGAAGACGAGACGGCGGAGACGGGGAAGGUGUCGAGGAAGAUGUACCUGGUUUACGGAAAAUCUAUGGGCGUGUUGUACGCUAUCCUGCCGAUCAUUUUUAUGUCUCUGGCGCAGGCCAGCAUCGCCGGCAGCAAUAUAUGGCUGUCCUUCUGGUCCAGCACAGGCGAAUCAUCCCCAGCCUCGAAUGCCACCUCUUUCAACAUCAGCACCAGCUUACAGGACUUCAACACCAGCGCUCACAACAUUUCAGGCGACCUUGGCAUCACCACCAAUGACACAGGCCUGGAUACCGAGUUCAGUGGCUUUGUUAUAACUAAAAACAUUUUCAUUGGUGUCUAUGCGGCCUUCGGUGUCGGACAAGUCUCCUUCAUGUUCCUGGCGAUGAUGAUGCUGUUCCUGGGCUGCCUCCGGUCUUCGCGGGUCCUCCACCAGCGCCUCCUGGACAGCGUCGUGCGUCUGCCCCUGAGCUUCUUCGACACCAACCCCAGCGGAAGGAUCAUCAACAGGUUCAGCAAGGAGGUCAGCGUCCUGGACACCACCCUCCCGGACAGCACGCGGUUCAUGCUCUCGUGUAUCACUCAGGUGGUCUCAACAUUGAUAAUCAUCUUAGCAGCUACGCCAGAGGCUGGCUUCUUUAUGAUCCCCAUUAUGGUCGUCUACUACAUGAUUCAUAUCAUAUAUAUCGCUUCUUCGAGACAACUGAAACGCAUUGAAUCGGUGUCCAAGAGCCCCAUCUAUUCCCACUUCGGCGAGACACUGCAAGGAGUGUCAGUCAUCCGAGCUUACAAGAAGGAGCAAGAAUUCUACGAUGAAUCUCAGAGGAAAAUCGAGUCUUCCCUUAAAGCCGUUUACGUCAAUGUUUUGUUAAACAGAUGGGUGGCCGUGAGUCUGGAAAUGCUCGCCAAUCUGAUCACCUUCGCGGCUGCACUCAUGGGCGUGGCUGGGCGGGGCUCCAUCAACUCGGGCGUCGUCGGGCUGUCCAUCACCUACGCCCUCAAUGUGACGGUUGUCCUGAACUGGGUUGUGCGCGUGGCGGCGGAUUUGGAGGCGAACAUCGUGUCUGUGGAGAGGAUCAGUGAAUACAUGCAGAAAGACCGCGAGGCAGACUGGACGGUGGCCGACACGCCGGCCUCGUGGCCUGACGAAGGCUGCGUCUCCUUCAGGAACUACCAGACGCGCUACAGACCCGGCCUCGACCUCGUCCUCAAGGGCAUCACGUGCUCCUUCAAGCCCGGAGAGAAGGUGGGCAUCGUCGGGCGCACGGGGGCAGGGAAGUCGUCCUUGACCCUGGCCCUGUUCCGCAUCAUCGAGGCCGCGGGAGGCGAGAUCGACGUCGACAAGGUCAACAUCGCCGACGUCGGCCUCCACGACCUGAGGGGGAGGGUCAGCAUCAUUCCCCAGGACCCGGUUCUGUUCAGCGGGCCCCUGCGCCUCAACCUGGACCCGCUCGCCUCCCACUCCGACGCCGACAUCUGGCGGGCGCUGGAGUUGGCGCAUCUCGCGGAGUACAUUCGAGGCCAGGCGUUGGGUCUGGAGCACCCGGUGGACGAGGAGGGAUCCAACUUCAGCGUCGGCCAGAGGCAGCUGGUGUGCCUCGCCCGCGCCCUCCUGAGGAACUCCCGCAUCCUGGUGCUGGACGAGGCCACGGCCGCCAUCGACCUGGAGACGGAUGACCUGAUCCAGGCCACCAUCAGGUCGCAGUUCGCGCACUGCACUGUCCUCACCAUCGCGCAUCGACUCAACACCAUCAUGGAUAGUGACAGGGUGUUGGUGCUGGACCAAGGCAAAAUAGCAGAGUUUGCCCCUCCUUCCGAACUGCUGGCCAAUCACGACUCCAUUUUCUUUGGAAUGGCCAAGGAUGCUGGACUCGUCUAAGUCAGUACUCUUAGCCAGGGGAGACACUCCACUUUAUUUGGUGUGCACGAGAUUAAGUGGGAGGUGAACGGACAGGUGGAUGAACGAGAUCAUGCCAACUUGUCCGGUAGAAUUCUGACUUUACGAGUACUUAUUUCGGCUGUAUUCCAAUUUACAUAAAAUUUGCAUGUCUCAUGAUUACCUCAUCGCCUCUGAGACGAGACAGCUGACCCGUCCAUUGGCAACACAGGCAGCUCUGGACUCGGGGAGUACAGAGUCCCUAAUCUGUUAGGAAAUACUGAAUGAAUUGUACAUGUUAUUUUAAAUAGCAUAUAACUUGGCAAUAGUUACGUAGUAAUUUAGCAUUUUUCAUCACAUAUGAUUUUUAACUUUGUUAUUUGCCAUCACUUGUCCCUUGACCCGCAUCCACUUCUCACGUGUCCUGUCCUGUCUCGUGCUAGAUAUUGUUUACAUUUGAGCGUCACCGUAGUGCUUCAGACCGUUCCGUUCGAGCGUAUUCUUGUAGCGCACACACGUAUUCCGCAUUUUCCAAAUAAACGCAAGACUAACUCUCUCUCUCUCUCUCUCUCUCUCUCUCUCUCUCUCUCUCUCUCUCUCUCUCUCU